UUAAGUCAUUUGCUCAACUUAAACCGGCGCGGCAAGUUGAGGUCUAGAAGUGUCAUGAGAUUGCCUCUAAUUGUGUUCAAAUUUAUUCUCAUAGUUAUCAACGUAGUAAAAUUAUGUGAUUCGUUUCCGACGCCGACGACGCCUUCUCCGCUCGAUGUUCAAUCAUUUCGUGAAACUUUCGCUGCGCGUAUGAAAUCUUUUAUGAACACAUCCGUAGACCCUUGCCAUGACUUCUAUGAGUACGCUUGCGGAAACUAUCCUAACGUCAUAGAAGACAAUGAAAUAACAAAAAAGCAGAAUGUGCUCGCCGAUCUGACGCACGUCAUUGAUGCAUUCGUUGAUGAAAUAUUACAAAAAGAACGACAACCGGACGAAUUGUACUUCGAGGAAUUGCAGACCGUAAAACAAUAUCUGGAGAGUUGUAACAAAGCACAACUAUGGCCGCUCGCACCGAGUGAGGAAUAUUUAAAAGUGAUCGAAACGAUUGGAGGUUUUCCAGCCGUGGAUUCAGCGUGGAAUGUCUCUGCAUUUGACUGGUUCAAUAUGACUGCCCAUCUUAUACGAUUCGAUGUUGUUGGAUUAAUCAAGGAGGAAAUCUUUCUCAAGCAUCCCUUCCCACCGUAUUACGAAAUCCCGAGAAUUGGUUUUGACUUUGACGUCUAUUUGGAUAACAUCGCGUCGAACGAAUCCGCUGGUUACAAGCACAAUGUCAAAAUAAUGAAGGAACUACUUGAACUUUAUGGAGUGAAUAGUACGAAGAGUGACGAAGUUGUCAGCCAGGUGGUUGAGUUUUGGCAGGAAGUCGUGGUGUAUCAAGACAAGGCUAAAGACAGACGAAGCUGCCGAGCGGCCGCUCUGGAAGAUGAUUUGGACGAAUAUGAAUUUCCCAAAUGGAAUUCGUUGUUCGAAAUUGCAUGGGAUGCAAAAGAUUCGUUUAUUUGCGACGAUUGUGAUUGUCCAUGCGAUUGGUACUUCAAGAAACUUGAUGAUAUGUCCGCCAAUAGAUCUGAAGCCAUGGCCAAUUACAUGGCCUUGAAAUUUCUCUACACUAUGCACGCCCAGUUAAAAUCGACAAAACUGCAACAUCAGCAUUGUGUGGAUCAAAUUAAAAGAUCAGUGCCAGUAAUAUUGACACACUUUUACAUGAAGGAACAUUACAGCACCGAAGAUCAAAAGGAAGUUGAGGAAAUUGUCGUUGAGCUCAAGGCAAAGUUUAUACAACUGAUCGAAACGUUAGAUUGGUUGGACGAUGAAAGUCGCAUCGGAAACACGAUUACCAUGAAUACUCUGCAAACCGAGGUCGGAGAAAUAGUUGAUCCGAUGUCUGAUACUUACAUUCGGGAGAUCAAGCAGCUUAACCUGACCGAGAACUAUGAUGCGAAUAAUCUUGAAUUGGCCAAAUUCCGAGUGAAUAUGCAACACUAUGCUUUUCUGCAGGCGGAUUUGGACGAAAAUGCAUCACCGUUGGGAGUUCUCAAUGCAAUCCAAGUGAAUGCCUUUUACAAUCUCGUCACACAUCGAGUGAAUGUUUUAGCUGGUAUAAUGUUUCCGCCUGUGUUUCACAGACAUCUGCCUCAAUCUGUGAAAUACGGAAGUCUUGGAUACAUCGUAGGCCAUGAAAUAGCCCACAGUCUGGAGUAUAGAGGUCGUAAAUUUGAAAAAUUAUUCAAAAACCAUACGACAUACUCGGAAGAAUCAGCUAAAGUAAUGUACAAUCGUUCGAGAUGUUUUGUGGAACAUCACAGCAACUUUACUGUACCUUUGCUCGAUAUAAAACUUAAUCGUACAAAGAACACUUUAGAAUCAGUCGCUGAUUCAGGUGGACUCAGGGAGGCAUUUGUGGCAUAUAAAACUGUGGCAAAUGAAAAACUGACAGUUAAAAACAAUUCAGAGCAUUUGGAGACCCUCCCGGGUCUAGAUCUUUCUCCGGAAAAGACUUUUUUUCUUAGUUUUGCCCAAGUGUAUUGCGCCAAAUAUGGGGUCAAGGAAUAUUGGAAUGAAAUAUACGCAGACCAUCCUAUGGAUAGAUACAGAGUCCUUUCAACGUUACAACAUUUUGAAGAAUUUUCCACGACUUAUAACUGUUCGAUGGGCACUCCAAUGAAUCCAGAAAAGAAGUGUCGUGUUUGGUAAUUUUUUUUAACUACUUCUUGAUUGUUCAAUGUGGUUUUUGUUCAAAAUAAAUAUAUAAAUGGUUUUGUUUUUUGAAAAACAAAACUGAAUUAUGAAAUA